AUGACUGUUGCGCCGGCCAAGUGGUGGAAACACGCCACUGUCUACCAGAUCUAUCCCGCAAGCUUCAAGGACUCCAACAACGACGGCUGGGGCGACCUGGCCGGGAUCGUCGAGAAGCUGCCCUACCUCAAGCACCUCGGCGUGGACGCGGUCUGGCUGUGUCCGUUCUACGACUCGCCGCAGGAGGACAUGGGCUACGACAUCGCGGACUAUGAGAAAGUGUGGCCCCGGUACGGCACCAACCAGGACUGCUUCGAGCUGAUCCGGCAGUGCCACGCGCUGGACAUCAAGGUGGUGGUGGACCUGGUGAUUAACCACUGCUCGAGCGAGCACGCGUGGUUCCGGGAGUCGCGCGCGUCCCGGACCAACGCCAAGCGCGACUGGUUCAUGUGGCGGCCGGCGCGCGGGCGCGACCCCCAGGGCCGGCCCAUCCCUCCCAACAACUGGCGCUCGAUCUUCGGCGGGCCCGCGUGGGAGUGGGACGAGGCCACGCAGGAGUUCUACCUGCACCUGUUUGCCAAGGGCCAGCCGGACUUCAACUUUGAAAACGCGGAGCUCCGCAAGCAGCUGUACGAGACGGCGGCCGGGUUCUGGCUACGCCACGGGGUGGACGGGUUCCGCAUCGACACCGCGGGGCUGUACUCGAAGAAACCGGGGCUGCCGGACGCGCCCAUCACGGAGCCCGGCAGCGAGUUCCAGUACGCGGGCGAGCUGAUGCGGAACGGGCCGCGGAUCCACGAGUUCCACAAGGAAAUGCGCCGGUACUUCUUGUCGCAGGUGCCGGACGGCAAGCAGAUCUUCACGGUGGGCGAGGUGGGCCACUGCGAGGACGAGAGCCUGCUGCUGUACACCAGCGCGGAGCAGCAGGAGAUGGACCAGCUGUUCACGUUUGCGCACACGGACAUCGGCGCGGCGUCGGGCUCGCGGUACCAGAUCGAGCCCUUUUCUCUGAAAGAGUGGAAACUGGCGGUCGCAGACAGCUUUUUGUUUGCCAAUCGCACCGACAGUUGGUCCACGGUGUAUUUGGAAAACCACGACCAGCCCCGCAGCGUGACGCGGUUCGGCGACGACUCGCCCAGAUGGCGCCAGGUCUCCGCGAAGCUGCUGGCGUUGCUGGAGGUGUCGCUCACGGGAACGCUGUACGUGUACCAGGGCCAAGAACUGGGCCAGAUCAACAAUCUGGACUGGUCGCUGGACCAAUACCGCGACAUCGAGGUGGUCACCCACGCCAACGAGAUCCGCGAGAAGUUCGGCGAGGACUCGGCCCAGAUGCACAAAUUCAAGCACGCUGCGGCGCUCAUCUCCCGCGACCACUCCCGCAACCCGUUCCCGUGGUCUGCGCGCGAGCCGGACGCAGGGUUCAGCGACCACGGGAACGAGCCCGCGGCCACGCCCUGGAUGGACCCCAACUCCAGCUACCGCGAGGGCAUCAACGCCGAGGACCAAUUGAGCGACCCCAACUCGGUGCUGAACUUCUGGCGCCGGGCGCUCCAGGUGAGAAAGGCCAAUUUGGACCUGCUGGCCUACGGCCAGGACUUUGAGUUCUACCAGCUGGACCACCCUAGCCUCUUCAUGUACACCAAACAGCCUCGCGACGGCAGCGCUCAGUCGCGCCGCCUCUUUGCCGCACUCAACUUCUCCUCGCAGGCGUGUGAGUUCACCAAGCCCGAUCCACGCGCCUCCUACCAGCAGUUUUUCGCCAACUACCCGACCGAGGACGCCGAGCCCAAUAUCCUGAGACCAUGGGAAGGGCGUCUCUUCUUUAUGGAUUGA